AAGUAUUGUUUUCAAUGGACUGAUGUGAUCUAAUCUACAUCCACAUAGAUCUGUUAAUUUCUUAUGACUUUCUAUUUGUAUACAGUAAUCUACAUGUCAAUACAGAAAAGUCAAAACAUUCUUACAGUCGUCAUUAUUAUGUUGGUCAGACAAAUCGAAUAGGACUUCGUUUAGAAGUUAUAUUUACAUAUUGAACUAUGAUGAAAUCGUCUAACAGAAGUUUUAUUACAAUGAAAUUCAAGUGUAAAAGUGUAAAUGCUGAAUCCCUAUCUAAACAGUUUGUGCCAUUUUGAUUUGAAUCAAUCAAAUAGAAACAAUACACCAUUGACAGUCUAUAAAGAGGUAUUUGCAGGCAACAAACUGCUUGUUCGUAUUUUUGAGUAGCAAGUUAAUCAACCGUGUAUUACGAAGUACGGUUAAUCACAUUCAAGAGAAGUUUGAUCAACAGGGGUCAGGAAUAUAAAACAACGGUGGAUAAACUCCAGCUCAGGUUCUCAAUAGAUAGAAGAAUAUUGAAUAACGAUCAGUUAUUCCCCCACCAUGAUUGGUCAGUAAUGAACGUAAUGAACGAAAUUUGACCUUCACUGUCACUUUGAAUCAUCGAAUCAGAAUAAAACAACCAAACACCCAAUAAAUCUAUAUAUACCAGACAAUUUUUAGUGAAAUUUCAUUAACUGCUUUGAAGAAGAUGAUGAGAUUCAAUUCUCCAUCUGAUCUGUUCAUUCGAAUUUCUUUGAUCUUGAACCUGUUUUCUGUGUUCUGUAUCUGCGAUGAAAUUUGUAAACAACCGGAUUGGGUGAACUUUACAAAAGUGAUUUUUAUGAAUGAAUCAUAUCGAUAUUCACAUCACUAUUAUUACUCACAAACCAUUAAUCUCAAACAGCCUCAUCCAUUUGUGAAUGGCAGUUUCAAGAUAUUCGAAGAGGAUAAACCUAUUAAACCAGAAUUCCCGUUAAAAUAUUUUGAAAGUCAAGUCAGUAAAUUUGAAUUUUUGUCUAUUGGUUAUUUAGAUAUAUAUAAAAACGACAAGAUAAUUGGACAAAUCUCGAAUAAUUUAGGAAGAUUAUUGUCAGGUCAACUUUUGAAUGAGAAGAAUACACCCAUAGUAACUAAUCUGUUAUAUCCGAAUGGGAAGAUAUCUAUCUAUUAUGAGAACAUUCUUUCGGAAAUUAACGAAAGAGGGACGGUGUGCGGAAUCCAUGGAUCCUUUCAAUGUGAAACAGGUGAUACAGAACAUGAGAUAGCUGUACCUGCAGAAUGGAUCAAAAAUGGCACAUUAGUGGAGUAUGAAGUCAUCGGCGCAAUUUGUCCAAUACACCAUUCAAGUGAAGCAUGUCUGAACGC